CACCUAUUUACCCCGGAUUUGAAAAUCGGGACUAACAGAGAUCUCUGAAAGGAAAGAACAAUUUCGAUUCUAGCACACGACACUAACGACCUCUAACUCUUACUCUUUUCAACCAUUUCCAUGGAAAGCUAACCUGCAAUCAUUUAGUAAUUGGCUUCUUAAUAAUCGUCACUCGUUCAAUUCUCGACUGAUAUUUCGCCUUUCUCUGCUUGAAAUAGAUCAAUUUCGAAAUAGACGAACAUCAAUGUGGUCAUUCGGAACUACUAUGACCAUGGCGAAGGAUAGAGAACCCUCUCAAGAAAAACCUCUUCCACCCUCACAACAUUCACAGCCUCUUCAACCUUCCCAGUCCACUGAAAACACGAUACAACCAUUUCAACCCCGACCGCCGAUAUUUUCGGAACGAUCGCUGAAACAAUUGGGGUUGUUCUUCGGAGGCGCAGGCUUUAUGUUUCUUUCAACCUUGAUUACGAGGCGUUCAGUAACUAGGAAAUAUAUGGCUACAGUACCUAAAUUCUACAACCAAAGCAACCGACCAGCAAUCAAGGCGCCAUCCGACGGUUCCUUAAUAGCUCUAGAGGCUCUGAAUUUAGCUACCCUUAAUGUCAUGGGAUUCGGAAUCAUGACUACUGGUGGCCUAGCAUGGGCUUUUGAUGUCUCUAGUGUUGAUGAUUUAAGAGCGAUGGCACGACGAAGUUACGGAAUUCGCGGUGGUCAGACUGACGAGGAAGCUGAACGAGAGAUCGAAGAAUGGAUCGCCAGCGUUCUUGGGAGAAAAGAGGAAAAGGAGAAGCAGGAGGCCAAAUCUUCAAAGAAUGACUAAACGUCACCAAUAAUUCGAGCAAGCUAGACAUCUAGCUAACGAGUAAGGGAGUUAAAUCUAUGUCUAAGAUACAUAUAAGGACAGCCACGAUACUCAACGCUUGACGCCCGACGCCCAAUAGCUGAACUAAUGCGGUGUAAGCCCACUGGUUACGCAUGCCUGGCCAUGAUCGGCAUGUCAUCGACGAUUCGGCGAUUGGUUAUCUCGACCAGGCAAGAUCCUGAGCUAAUCAAGCCACCCGAUCUCGCUUCGUCUUAGGUAUCAACCUCCCGCGGUCUAAAAGACGCACUUGUAUCUGGAGCUGGGUACCUGUACAAAUACCUUAGUAUCUAUAUCAUACAUCUAUUAAUGCCUUGAUGUUAUCCUGCUCCUCAUCACUCUUGGAGUCGCAUUGCCUACCUUGGUAGCUAGUCAAUCGCUUUCACCCUACAGAUG